UUCUUGAAGGGGGUUGUCCCGGGCUUGUCUACCUGCACAGGCAGUUAUGCGUGCCGGGAACUGCUGAUGGAUCAGUGAGCCUGUGUUCAUGCCAGUGAGCUGCUUGGCUCAGAUACUGAUACUUUCUUUCCAAACAUCGUAAGAAGUGAUUGAGCCACGAGUAUACUGAAGGGAGGGCUCCUGGAGUUGUGGUGUGAAGAGAGGACUCACCAGAUCAGAGGGCAGUGUGGGGCAGCAGUGGAGAGAUGGCAGCAUUUGUAUGAAGUUUAAGCACACCCAGGAAGCAAGUCACAGACUAUGCACUCAACUGCUGCUGUUCAGUCCGGGGAAAAUGAGAGGUGGCGUGCUGUGGCUCAUGUCUUUCUUCACCUUCACUGAUGGCCACGGUGGCUUCCUGGGGAGAAAUGAUGGCAUCAAAUCAAAAAGAGAACUCCUUGUGAAUCAGAAAAACCAUCUAGGCCCAAUCCAAGAAUAUGAGCUGCUGCUUCAGGUGACCUAUGGAGAUUCCGAGAAGAAGAGAGAUUUGAGGAAUUUUCUGACGCUCUUGAAACCUCCAUUAUUAUGGUCACACGGGCAAGUGAAGAUUAUCAGAGCAAAGGCUACCACAUACUGCAACAGCCUGAAUGGGUUCCUGCAGUGUACCUGUGAAGACAGCUACACCUGGUUUCCUCCCUCAUGCCUCGAUCCCCAGAACUGCUACCUUCACACGGCUGGAACAUUCCCAAGCUGUGAAUGUCAUCUCAAUAACCUUAGCCAGAGUGUCAACUUCUGCGAGAGAACAAAGAUUUGGGGCACGUUCAAAAUUAAUGAAAGGUUUACAAAUGACCUUUUGAAUUCAUCUUCUGCUGUGUACUCCAAAUAUGCAACUGGAAUUGAAAUUCAACUUAAAAAAGCAUACAAAAGAAUUCAAGGUUUUGAGUCGGUUCAGGUCACCCAAUUUCGAAAUGGAAGCAUCAUUGCUGGAUAUGAAGUUGUUGGUUCCAGAGAUGCAUCUGAACUGCUGUCAGCCAUUGAAGAGGUUGCCGAGAAGGCUAAGGGAGCCCUUCGCAAGCUGUUCCCAUUAGAAGAGAGCUCUUUCAGAGUGUUCAGAAAAGCCCAGUGUAACGACAUUGUCUUUGGAUUUGGGUCCAAGGAUGAUGAAUAUACCCUGCCCUGCAGCAGUGGCUACAGGGGAAACAUCACAGGCAGGUGUCAGCCCUCUGGGUGGCAGGUCAUCAGGGAGACUUGUGUGCUUCCUCAGCUCGAAGAACUGAAGAAGAAUUUCAGUAUGAUUGUAGGCAAUGCCACUGAGGCAGCUGUGUCAUCCUUGGUGCGAAAUCUUUCUGUCAUCAUUCGGCAAAGUCCAUCAACCACAGUGGGGAAUCUGGCUUCGGUGGUGUCGAUUCUGGGCAAUAUUUCAUCUCUGUCGCUGGCCAGCCAUUUCAAGGUGUCCAAUUCAACAAUGGAGGAUGUCAUCAACAUAGCUGAUCAUAUCCUUAGUUCAGCCUCAGUAACCAGUUGGACAGUCUUACUGCAGGAAGAAAAGCAUGCCAGCUCACGGUUACUAGAGACAUUGGAAAACAUCAGCACCUUGGUGCCUCCAACAGCUCUUCCUCUGAAUCUUUCUCGGAAAUUCAUUAACUGGAGAGGGAUUCCAGUGACCAAAAGCCAACUGAAAAGGGGUUACAACUAUCAGAUUGAAAUGUUUCCCCCAAAUACAUCUAUUCCCAUCAGAGGCCAUGUGUUAAUUGGGUCAGACCAAUUCCAGAGAUCCCUUCCAGAAACCAUUAUCAGCAUGGCCUCGUUGACUCUGGGGAACGUUCUACCUAUUUCCAAAAAUGGAAAUGCUCAGGUCAAUGGACCUGUGAUAUCCACGGUUAUUCAAAACUAUUCCAUAAGUGAAGUUUUCCUGAUUUUUUCCAAGAUAGAGUCAAACCUGAGCCAGCCUCACUGUGUGUUUUGGGAUUUCAGUCAUUUGCAGUGGAGCGAUGCAGGCUGCCACCUAGUGAAUGAAACUCCAGACACUGUGAUGUGCCGAUGUACUCACUUGACCUCCUUCUCCAUGCUGAUGUCACCGUUUGUCCCCACUACGAUCCUUCCGGUUGUGAAAUGCAUCACCUACGUGGGACUGGGUAUCUCCAUUGGAAGUCUCAUCUUAUGCCUGAUCAUCGAGGCUCUGUUUUGGAAGCAGAUUAAAAAAAGCCAGACCUCACACACACGUCAUAUUUGCAUGAUGAAUGUAGCCCUGUCCCUGUUGAUUGCUGAUGUCUGGUUUAUUGUUGGUGCCACAGUGGACACCACGGUGAACCCUUCUGGAGUCUGCACAGCUGCUGUGUUCUUUACACACUUCUUCUACCUGUCUUUGUUCUUCUGGAUGCUCAUGCUUGGCAUCCUGCUGGCUUACCGGAUCAUUCUCGUGUUCCAUCACAUGGCCCGGCCUUUGAUGAUGGCUGUCGGAUUCUGCCUGGGCUAUGGGUGCCCUCUCAUUAUAUCUGUCAUCACCAUUGCCGUCACACAGCCCAGCAAUACCUACCAAAGGAAAGAUGUGUGUUGGCUUAACUGGUCCAGUGGAAGCAAACCACUCCUGGCUUUCGUUAUCCCUGCACUGGCUAUUGUGGCUGUGAACUUCCUUGUGGUGCUGCUAGUUCUCACAAAGCUCUGGAGGCCAGCUGUUGGGGAGAGACUGAGUCAGGAUGACAAGGCCACCGUCGUCCGCAUGGGGAAAAGCCUCCUCGUUCUGACUCCUCUGCUAGGGCUCACCUGGGGCUUUGGAAUAGGAACAAUAGUGGACAGCCAGAAUCCGGCUUGGCAUGUUGUUUUUGCUUUACUCAAUGCAUUCCAGGGAUUUUUUAUCUUAUGCUUCGGAAUACUCUUGGAUAGUAAGCUGCGACAACUUCUGUUCAACAAGUUGUCUGCCUUAAGUUCUUGGAAGCAAACAGCAAAGAGUUUGAAUGAAAAAGCAGGACCCCAAGGACCCCAGAUGACUGAUGAUGAACAGCGAAACUCAUCAGAUUUAUCUGCCAAACUCAAAUUCUCAAAGCCUUUCAACCCAUUGCAAAACAAAGGCCGUUAUGCAUUUUCUCAUACUGAAGAGUCUUCCAAUGACAUCAUGCUAACUCAGUUUUUCUCAACUGAAUAAGCAAGGAACCAUAAAAUCAAGAAAAACAUUUCAAAAUAACUUGACAUUUAAAGAUAAAUGCCAAUGAAGAAAUUAUGCUCAGUAUUAGAUUGGGUUUUCUGAUUUAGGAGUCUGGGAAUAAAACAAGAAUGUCUCAGUGGCUUAAUCGCUAUUCCCUUUUGUCUUCAAUUAAAUGAAAAGAAGAUUUAUUUCCAUGUGAUUUGAUUCAAAGAAAGUGCUCCAUAAAUGCAGAACAGUGGGUUUUGUUGGAGAUUGUGUACCUUGACCACAAAAUAUGGUUUCUAUUUCAUAAAACAGCAUUAUUCACUUGGCAUCUCCAAUCAUCUGGGUUGGAGUAAGAAAAUUUUAUGAAAAAGUUUUAGGUAAAUUAAUAGGCCAUGUUCAUUUUCUUGUUAAAAAGUUAUUUGUGGGGGAAGGUGGGAAAAAGUUAUUAGUGAAAAUUUCCAAAAGAUAAAAACAUUUCUCAUUCAAAUUUUCCAGUUGAAUUUUAUGUUUGCUUUUGCUUUUUAGGUUUCAUCACUUAACAUUGAAAGUUAAUCAGAAAUAAAAUAAAAGCUUCCAUUUCAGAUAGCUUUGUAACAAUAUCAGAAAAUAUAAUAAUGUGAUGAUAUGUAAUGUGGCAUUUUUCAUUUUUCAUUUUUACAAGGCACUUUCAUCUGGUCCCCAGCCCUGCAAAGUACACUGUCAAGGCAGACCUAGUGUAGAGAGGAGGGCACGGGGGCUCAGAGAGGUAAAGUGACUUGCCAAAGAUUUUGAAGUCAGUUAAGGGGAAUUGGAGAUUUUUAGGACUUUUGUCUUCCAGACCAUUUCUAUAGCCCAUAAAAGACUUGACAAUUACCUACAGCCCAAUAAAUCUUUAUGAGGUCAGUUAUACAGUUCACCACUCACAGAAUUCUAUGUAAUAGAGAAAUUAAGAGAGAUUUUGACUGUGAACUUUCAGGGAGAUACCUUAAAACAUCCUUAUUUUCUUUCAUAAUACACUGUAGGCACUUUGUGGAAGUUAUUUUCUUAUAUAGCCAGUGCCACUUUUGGAUGACAUACAGAGCAGCAGGUGAGUUGAUACAAUAUGAAGCAACACUUCUCUUCCAUAUUUCCAUCACAUUUGGCUCACCUACCUGAGUUUCAGCCCUGACCAUAGUGCCCAGAGGAACCCAAACCUUCGAUUCAUGCUUGCAGUUUCGAGAGACUUAAGGAGUGUCUCUUAGCCUCCUGACAUGGAAAGCCUUCAUGCUAUGCAAAUAAAGACAGCUGGGGGAAUUUCUAAUUAAUGAUGGUGGAUUAAAUAAGCAUGCCGAACAGAAAUUCAAAGUUAGAUUUUCACAAGGCACCAAGGUGCAGCACGCAUGAAAUACGAAAGUGAGAUGUUCAAAGGAAAUGACUGAAGACCAGUUACAUGGUUCUAUGCCCCACAAAUAUAUAUAAAAGUCAACAGAGAAUUUUAUGAGAAAGAUUUCCUUGUAGAAAACUGAUCUCUGAGCCUUCUCUCUCUACCCCCAAAAGUGAGAGAAGGAGGAAUGUCUGCUUCUUGACCUCAAAUAUAGUGAGAGAGGAUUUUUCAGGUAGCUUCCUAUGGAACCACAACAAUUAGAGGGCAUGGCUGAUGGAAAUCUGAUUCUUGCCUAGGACUGUGGCCGCAGCUCUGGUAGCAGAGCCCUGAAUGGGUUGUGUGUUGAGAUUAGCCUGUAAAUCUAGUGUUUGUCAGGGCAAUGGAUGUGUGUGUUUCCCAUGAACCAUGGUGAAACAGGCAAGAAUGAAGGUCCUCUUUUAGGUCCUGUCUGAUAGGGUUGUCCAAAGAGGUGGAGGGAACCCAGCAUCAAGAAGUGGGAAGUGAAGCCAGAUUGUGGGAUGAGGAAGGAGUCACAAAUAACCAUCUGAAACACAAUAGAAUUUGCACAGGCUGAAGGUGAGAAGUCAGGGCUAUGAGAAUUUCCAUGGGAGUUCUUAAAUGCUCCCUCCUCUCAUUAUACACAAUUACUCUCCACAGAACCCUGACACCAUGUGAAGUCGUCCCUAUCUUAUAAGAUACAUUUUUUUUCUGGCGCUUUGGUGAAGGGGAGGCCAGAAAUGUCAGUGCCCAAAGUGGGGUGGAAGGAGAGGUAGAAAAACUUAGCAAAAUGUCAACCAGCAAAGGGAGAUGUGCUAGUGCAAGCAGGCAACCCAACACGAGACUCAGUUGCGGAGGGAAAAAAAUCUAGUACUAAAUUAUUGUAGUUUGUUAUUAUUAUUGAAGACUAGGCAUCAUAAGUACAAAACUAUUUAAAAUCACCAAAAUGUUGCUAUUACUUGAGUAUGUGGGAGUAUAACUGGAGUGUAUCUGAUGGAAGGAAAAUCUUCUUCCACUGAAUAAAUUUUAUGAGGAUGAUGAGAAACAAAAAAAGUGUGUUUGAUCAAAUAUGUAUGUAUGUGCAUGCUUAUCUAAUUCACCGAUUACAGAUACAUUCACCUCAAAAUGCUACUAAAACAACAAUAAAACCACCAAAAAAGUGAAU